CGAUGCAACGCGCUCUGACCUUACCCUUUAUCACAUCGCAGCUUCUCGAGGAAUGUGGCAAUUUGUCGCACACUUGCUUUCCAGCAACAAGGUUACCGGAAUUGAUGUAAAUUGCCCCAACAAAGACGGCAUAACUCCUUUAUAUUUGGCGACGAUCAUUGGUGGUGACUCAUGUCAGAUACAAAAUUCAUGGUGUAAAGUUGGUAACGUCAUCAAAAGUUAUGGAGGGACUCUUCAAUUUCCUACCAUGGAGGCUGAAUAUUUUCUUAUUUUUAACAUCUUUUUCGGUAUAAACCCCAGUCAUCUAUUUCUCGAGCUUACAAGAGAGGAAAUACUUGCUCUUCAACAAAACUGUGGGCGCGACGAGUGCCAGAAAUAUCACUCGAGGAAUAUGGAUCUUUUCAAAACAUCCGAUGAAGUAGAUAGAGUGCAUAAUAAUUACAAAACCGAAGUUGACAAAUGUUCAAGAUUUAUCGAAGCAUGUCCGUCUAACAUAAAGACGGGACUGUGUCAUUUUUCAUAUGUGAUGCUCAUUUUUGACAAACAGGUGAUCUUGAAAUAUAACUUUCUUCAUGUCCGAAAUUCUUUCAUCCGUUUCCUGGACAAGGAGAUAAAAAGACUGAAAAAACUUUUGCAUGCAGCAACGAGACCUCAUUCAGAGGUGACAUGUGAAACCGGACCACCUCCCUCUCCACUGGGAACAAUAGACAUGUGUUAUCAAUUCCAUAGACCUGCCCUAGAGCCUGUAGUUCAUGAUUUGUAUCGCAACUACAAACAAAAUUUGGAUUUGGUUAUGGAAAACUCGGAUGAGGUAAAAUCGUCCAUGGCUUUGGAUGGGAGACUUCCACGUUAUUUAAAAAAAAUGAACUCAGUCUUGAACAGUUACGAUACAACUUUGAACUGUGACUGGCAAGUAGUUGCCACGAAGUACAUACAACUGAGCUUUCAAGUUCGCAACCUUGACUUUUGGCGAGAGUCUAUACGCAGAACUUCAACUGUACCUAGUGUAUCAGAAUUUUUGUCACAAAGGAUGACAGAUGUAAUUCUUCAACCGUCCGACGAAUCGCUACAACUUGUGUUGAAGCUUGCUUCCAAGAAGUCUUUUGAAACCUUCGAUUAUCUCAGAAUCCUGCGGUUUACAAAGCCACCGUUUUGGAGCGAUACCUUUUUUGGAGUAGGAAAUUUCGGGUAAAGCCUGUCUAUAGGAUAGUUUUUGUAAACGCGCAAAGUGUCAUUCGUCUUCAGACACAGAUUUGUCAAGAGAAAGUCUUUCUUUUGUCCAUGUAGAUAUAAAACCGCAAACUGACGAAAAAAUGUUAAAAGUAGAAAUCUUCCUUGAUUAAUGGAUAGCAUGGCUGAAUCCUUAUUUAUAACAUCAUGAGUGCGCUUCUUGCCCUAUAUAAGUCCUAUUGAGC